ACAGCGAUAUUUCAGAAUGAGGAGAGCUGCAGGUUUUCUGGCGUUGCUGCUCUGUCUGCUCUGGACAGGGGCUCAGGGUGAGGAUGGAGGGGGCACAGGGAAGAAAGAGGGUGAGUUUGAUAUCCAAGCAGUGAAAGCAGUCCCCGAUCAGAGCAGCAGUCAGACCGUGACGAUCACUGACGUCUGGGCUGAGCUGAAGGAGCUCAGAGACAUGGCCAUCGAACACAAGAUCAAGAUCCAGAAGCUGGAGCAAGACAACACAGACCGUCCUCAGGUGGCGUUCUCAGCCGGUCUCACUCAUACCGGAUCAGUCGGACCCUUCAGCACCGAUAUCACACUGAAGUUCAGUAAAGUCUUCACCGAUAUCGGUCAGGCUUACAGCCCAACUACAGGUGUCUUCACAGCCCCCGUCAGAGGAGUCUACUACUUCAGAUUCAACGCCUGGGAAGAGAGCUAUUCAACUUGGACCUCUGUUGAACUCUAUCACAACGACAACAGAGUGAUGAAGAUUUUAGAUUACAACGAUAGUGCUGGAUAUGUCUCUGCAUCUAACGCAGUAAUUCUUCACCUGGAGAAGGGAGAUGUAGUCUACAUCGUUCUCCCCACCAACUACAGCGUUUAUGAUGACUCGUUUAAUCGUACCAUGUUCAGUGGAUUUCUACUCUUCCCUUGGUGAAGCCCUCCGUAAAACACCCACUGCAUUAAGUUACAACAUUACAUAAAGUGUGUUGAC